CCUCCUACACUAUGCACUGCUGUCACGUCUCCUAUAAAAUGGACCGACUUGUCUACGAAAGGUAUCAGUUCUGCAACUGUCUCAAAAAACACACCUCCGCUCCAACAUGAAGUUCAUCAUCCUCGCCGCCCUCGUCGCCGUCGCUGCUGCUGCUGACUACGCUCCCAAGUACGAAGCCCCCAAGUACGAGGCUCCUAAAUACGAAGCCAAAUAUGAGGCUCCUAAAUACGAAGCCCCCAAGUACGAAGCUCCCAAAUACGAAGCUAAAUACGAGGAAGUCACCUAUGCCCCUCAGCCAUACAGCUUCGGGUACGACGUCCAGGAUAAGGAAUCUUACAACGACUUUGAGCACAACGAGAAAUCCGACUACAACGUCGUCACCGGAUCUUACCGCGUCGCUCUCCCCGAUGGCCGCACCCAGAUCGUCAACUACAAGGCCGAUAAGGACGGAUACACCGCUGAUGUCAAGUUCGAAGGAGAGGCCAAAUACCCCGAGGAGCCCGCAUACAAGCCCGCUUACUCUGCCCCAGCCUACUCUGCCCCGGCUUACCCCGCUCCCGCUUACCCCGCUCCAGCCUACAAGGCCCCCGCCUACCCCAAAUACUAAGAUCCCAAAUCCUCUAUCCAAAUUUCUUUUAGCUUAAUUUAUUGACUUUUGAAACGAUGAUUUGAAUGUUGGUGAAAUUCAAGAUGUGUUAAAACGGCAAUACCAUCAUGGCCGUGCUA